AUGGACGUCCAACUUUACGUAUAUGACAUCUCAAGGGUCUCGCAGCAGUUUCUUGGAACUCAAAUCGAUGCUGUUUACCAUACGUCCAUCGUUCUCAACAAUGUCGAGUACUACUUUGGUCAGGGAGUCCAGCAGUCCUACCCAGGUACAACUCAUCAUGGGGAGCCGAUGGAGGUGCUCCAUUUAGGCAAGACGGAAAUCCCUAUGGACGUGAUAUUGGACUAUCUGCAGUCGUUGAAGCAGGUCUACACACCGGAGUCCUACGAUCUAUUAUUGAACAACUGCAACAACUUUACCCAUGACCUCUCCACGUUCCUCGUUGGCAAAGGGAUACCGGACCAUAUAACUGGUCUACCCGAGACAUUCAUGAACUCGCCAUUCGGCUACCUCCUACGACCUCAACUGGACCUAGCAAUGCAAGGCAUCACCCAAGCACCCACAGUACCAACAGGAGCAUCACCCAGCGCCCCGGCUAUAAUCGAACCGGCCACCCAGCCAUCCAAAUCCGUUCAUGAGAUCGACUCGAACUUCGAACUAGAAGAGCUUUUAUCCUCCGCUUCCAAGACCUGCGCCGUAAUCUUCUUCACCAGCUCCACCUGCGCCCCCUGCAAGCUGGUCUAUCCUGCGUUCGACGAGCUCGCCGAAGAGGCCGGGAAAUGGGGUGUGUUCAUCAAGAUCGAUCUGAACCGUGCGUACCAGGUGGCCGCCAGGUAUGGAGUUCGUGCAACGCCGACGUUUAUCACGUUCCUUAAAGGGCAGAAGGAUGAGGAAUGGACCGGAGCCAACGAGACGGACCUGCGAGGAAAAGUACGACUAUUGCUGCAACGGGCGACUUUCCAUCCGCAUCAAAACUUAGAUCUCGGCCAGUUGAUUCAGUCGAGUACGACGCUGAUUAGCUUCUCGAAAGUUCCACCGCUGGAUAAGCUGAUACAGAAGCUGGGCGAUUCAAGUACCGAUCCAGCGGUCCUCCGGAUGAAGACAUUCCUAACCAAUCUCAACACUUCCACCCCUCAGAACAAUCCGAUGCCGGACAUCCAUGCCUUCAACAUCUUCCUUGCCCACAGUCUCCGAAACCCCGACCCCACCUCCCUCUUCGCAGUCUACGACCUCCUCCGCCUCGCCCUCAACGACCCACGAAUCGCAGCCGCCUACGCCGCCCCCCAGAACUUCGAAACGAUCACUGCCCUAAUCUCCCACGUCACAUCCGGCGCGACCGCCAUCCCCUACAACCUUCGUCUUAUCACCCUCCAUCUCUCCUGCAACCUCUUCCCGCACCAUGCGCUCCGCACCCACGCACUCUCCAACCCCCGCUUCACCACCCUCCUCUCCACCCUCCUCACUACCUCCCUCCUCGACCUUUCCCACACUACCACGCGCAUCGCCGCCGCCAGCCUCGCCUUCAACCUCGCGGCCUCGAACGUGCGCGCGCGAAUCGAUGGUGCGGAGCUCUUCGACGACGGGACGCAGACGGAGAUGGUGGCGGGGAUCGUGGAGGCGGUGCGGCGGGAGACGGAGAGCCAGGAGGCGGCGAAGGGGCUGAUUAUGGCGUUGGGGCUAUGGGUGUAUUGUGCGGAUGUGGAGGGGGAGGUGGUGGAUUUGGUGAAGGUGUUGGAGGCGGGGGAGGUGGUGGGGGAGAAGCGGGGGUUGUUGGGGGCGGAGGAUGGGUUGGUGAAGGGGGUGGAGAGGUUGUUAAGGAGCUAG